UUUCAAUAGCUACUUCAAGUACCUAGGUACCUUAACUCAGAAGGCUUACAUUCGACGCCUGUAUACCCUGCACGUCCAAGUUGUAGCCCGACACAGCCUCACCAUUGUUGCGCCUCCAGAUAGUUGAGUCCCUGCAUCCAACCUCCCAAGUGCCACCUUAGUUCCCCAUGUGAGCUAUGCUACCGACACGUAGUACCGCACUUCGUUGAAUCCAUCCAACAUUGACUGGAGCGUACCUACUUUGGGUGAUUACAGGCAAUCAAAUUCGAACGCAGCAGCCAUGUCUGAAAGUCUCUGCGCGGUCUGCCGCACCUUUCUCACGGGCCCCCGGUGUCUAUGAGAGUAUAAAUCCCACCACCAGUCGACAGAGAAUGUCCUACUGGCAGCAGCACAGGGCUGCUACGUGUGCGGGGUCAGUACCAGGAGUCGAGGAUGGAAGACGCUUGCCGAUGCUGGUGAUCCUUUCCAUGCCACCUGGUUGGUACCUGUCAAAUCUCGUGAAUCUGCCAUCCGACUGGCUGAAACUUUCCAUCGACGCCGUACCCGGCGAUGACAAUGCGGAGGAAGACGAAGACGAAGACGAAGACGACGACGAAGCCAGAGACAGAGAUGAGGAAGAUGGUGACGAGACGGUUGGAGGACAGGUCAAUGCCGCCCGCCCUGAAGCUUCUGGUUUUUUGUUUGACCGGAGCCACCUAUUUGGGGGUUCGCUACAGCCUGUUGAGGGUAUUAGUUGUCCCACAAAAUCCCCGAACUUGAGCCGCAUACACCACACUUAUUCUUUCGUAGCCGUCAAGGACAGUGCUGGCCAUCAUGUCCCUCCGUCAGGGGCUCGACAGCCGGGAUUCCUCGACCUCCCGUUCCAGUGGUUCGCCGAGUGUACUGCAACCAUCACCGAUGUCGCUAAACAAAAUCAGCCUACUACCCAUCUCAGUUGCUGGAGAUCAUCAGUCAAGGCCUCGCAAGACGCGUCAUUUCAAGGGAGGAAAAACCCCAAGGCCGGUCGCCUCGCUCUCCCACUGCUGGGGCAAGGCCGAGACGCUGUAGCUUCUUCUUCGAACAUGAACCAGCUUCGCAACAGUAUCGAUAUCGCUGCCCUGCCCACAAGCUAUGGGGGAGCCAUCAUGGUCUGCCGCCAGUUUGGGUUCCGCUACAUCUGGAUCAAUUCGCUCUGCAUUAUCCAAGAUUCCCGCGAGGACUGGCAGCGCGAGGCCCUUACCAUGAAGGAAGUCUAUCAAAAUUCGGUUCUGAACGUCACGGCCGCGGAAGCGGAAGAGAGUUCCGAUGCCAGCUUUCUGUCGAGAGAUGCGGGUUUCAUUCGACCGGUGCAGGUCGACGCGGAAUGGGACGACAUAGCUGGUCUCCAACCGCGGUACUACCUCUUCGACGAGGAGCCUUUGAAAGACGACAUGGAGGACUCAUCGCUACGCCGACGUGCGUGAGUGAUGCAGGAGGUGUUUCUGACAGAGCGGGAUCUGAGCCUGACCAAGUGCCAGCUGUGGUUCGAGUGUUCCCAGGGUGUUGCAUAUGAAACAUACCCCAAAGGUGUUCCUGCGGCUUUGUACACAGAUUCAAGGCACACCUUCAAGUGCUGGAUCGCCCUCAGGGCUUGCUGGCCAAGUAUCGCCGCUGGUGGGUCGUGGCGGAGAAAUAUGCCGCCUGCUUUCUGACGUUUCUGAUGGACAAGAUGGUUGUUGCCUUAGCUGGCAUUGCGCAGUGGUUCCAGGAGCUCUUGCCAGGUGACAGCUACCUCGCAGGUGUGUGGCGCUAUCAACUACCAUGGACGUUGAAUUGG